GAAAGUAGUCCCUGAUGGGAGACAACCGAAUGCGCGCGCAACGGUGUGCUACGACAGACAGACAACUAAAAUAUCCGUGCGUACUUCAUAGCAAACUGAGCCUUCGAGGAGUCGACAGUCUACCAGACAAUUGUUCCAGGCCCGUUGCUCUAAGUUGUCUGUGGCUGCUCUCAGGAGUCUGUACGCGGUACGUGUUAAGCAUAAUCGAUCCCGGUGCGAGUCGAGGAUCGUCAGUGGGCGGAAGUCUCUGUUGUUGAUUAACCGGCGAAGUUUAACAUAAUUAAAUCGUGAAGAUGGUGUCCGGUGGUAUGACGUGCGUCAAGUACCUGCUAUUCCUCUUCAAUCUGGUAUUCGCCAUAACCGGAAUCGUUUUCAUUUCGGUCGGCGCCGUUAUACUCGGCUUGUAUAAGGGAUACAGUAACUUUGUGGACAACUGGUUCUUCGCCGCUCCGGUGCUCAUGAUUGUCGUUGGAAUCAUCGUAUUCCUUGUAUCGUUUUUCGGCUGCUGCGGAGCUGUCAAGGAGAACCACUGCAUGAUCAUAACGUUCUCUCUUCUAUUGCUCCUGAUAUUUGCCCUGGAAAUUGGUGCCGGAAUAUCUGGAUACAUGAUGCGUAACGAAGUUGGAAACAUGCUUGAAAAUCGUUUGAAUACUACCAUGUCGCAGUAUUUAACUGACAAAGAAGCCAAGAAUUCAUGGGACAUCAUGCAGCACGACUUGGACUGCUGCGGUAUGAAUGGCCCGAAGGACUGGGAGAGGGUAUUUAAAAGCACCAAUUUACCAGAGACAUGCUGCUCCGAACUUGAUAUGGAUAAGAAAUUCACAUGUGACGAAAAUUUAACUGAUAUUCGUCAUGACGGUUGUAUUAUGAAAUUACAAAAUACAAUUGAAGAUAAUGCUGUGAUUCUCGGUGGUGUGGGUAUUGGAAUUGCUCUGGUUCAACUGAUCGGAGUAAUCUUUGCGUGCUGCUUGGCUCGCUCAAUCCGGCGCGAGUAUGAGACUGUCGAAACUACAGCACACUGAUCCGCCACCACUUAGGAGGCACAUUUCAUUAUAUUGUUCAUCAUACAUUGUUGGCUGAUUAUUCAUAGGGUUCAUUAUGAUUGUAGUUUUAUUGUGCUUACGAACGUGUAACAAAAGAGGAAUAGUGAAGCAUUAAAGAGAGUGAAAAAAUAUUCAGAGACAACAAUAUUUCAGUAACCAGUAGAAGGUCACAAUGCUGGGUUCCUGCCUUACAAAUGUUUCAUAUGUUACUCUUGCGGAUGUACACAAGUGUACGGAGUAUUACUGUACGUGCGUCUUUUGCCUCUGCGAUGUUGAAUGUGGUAUGAUUAUGGUAAAAUGCCACUGUUCCUCUUUAUACUCUUUAACUAUCAUACUCCCGAUUGAAAGAAUAUGCAGCAGCUAUCAGUGCGAUUUCUUCCAUAAUUGGAUAUUAAAUUGUCGGCUUGAAUUAUUGUCGUAAAAUAAGUUGAAAGUUUUUACAGUUUAAAUAAUAUUUUCAAUGUGAAACUAUACUCCGAUAAAUUCUCAAUGCUGAAGUUAAUUGACUGAUUACGAGUAUACUUUAUUGCAAAUUUAAUCUCUGAAAUAAAACAAGCAAAAAAUUAUCAUUUAACAAAGAGCAUACAACGUCCACAUAACUUGCACGAUAGUGCGAUAUGUAUAGGCAUACAUGAGUAAUUUUGUAUUUUGCUACAUCUGUAUAUGUAAUUUGAAAUAAAUUAGAAAAACAAGAGGCAGUAAAUCCAAGUAAAAUCUUUGCCAAAAUGUUAUAUGAAUCAUUACUGCAAGAAAUAUUCGUGAUAUCGAUACAAAAAUAUUCAUUACUUGUAGAUACAUACUUAGAUUUGUGACGCAUGUACAUACCUACAAUACGUACAUAAUGUAUGCGAAAGAAAUGGAACAGUAUGACGCAUAUGGCAACGUCACUCUUGUCAAUAAUGCAGUAUCUGUGUCAGUGAACUCUCCUCAUAUAUUGAUUCUCUUCAACAACUACCAACAGCUAACGUUACUAGUCUAAAUCAUUAAGAAUUUAAAAAGGUUGAGAAUUAUUGAUACAGACGAUGGAUAUUAGACUUUUCCUCGAUUGCCUAAACAGUAAAAAUUAGUGAAUGUUUUAUUCGACUGUAAUAGAAGCAUAUCCUGAUUUAUUAAAAGAUAAAUUUUGAUAUCACAUUGAGAUUCGUACUUUUGGUCUUCGAAUUGAAUUCAUUGGUGAUAAUUACAUGGAACAAGUGUGUAAAACAUUAAUUACUCGAACAGUCGAUUAAGCUCUGAUAAACACUGUUUUUUCCUUUCAGUUGAAAUUAAAAUUUCAUCUUUGUCACACAUAAGCAGUAAAGUUAAUUGUCUGAAAAGUAAUCUGUCCGUAUAUCAUAGUGAAAGUAGUCAGUCAUGUGUAUGAAGUGAUACAAAAAUAAGAAUUACAAUAUGAAUCUAAAUAUGAUAUAUGUUAGAAUAGUUUCUUGGGAGUUUUUAGACAUGGGUUCAAUGUGGUACACACAACGUCGCGUAUUUAAGAUUGUUUACAGCACUAUAGCUCUAAGUUUUCUCCUUUACAAUUUUAAUACAAUUACCUAUUAAAUCAUGAUCGCUACCAUCGCUACAUCAAUGAUUUGGAGCCAUCCCCGGUGCGCGUGUAUCAAAACGACAAUUACAAUCAGACUUCAGAAGAGACUGACAAUUAUCACGAUAAUCAGUAUUAACAACUUAAAAUAUUUUUCAAUACGAGAUAUUUUACACAUAAAUUUAUACUACACAAAAUUUUGAUUGCUCGCGGUAAAUUCC